UCGCAGGCUUCAAGCUGCCCUCAUAAAGUUGUUCCACUUUUGCAUACUUCCUCAUACUGCUAGUUUCUCUGCAAAGAUGAAGCUGCUUGUUUACAUAGUCUUGCUGAAGACAGCUCUCCUUGCCUUAACAAAUGUCUUUGCAGUUGUUUUAGUAGAUGAAGAAGAUGCUAAAGAAGGAAAAGUUAUUGAGACUUGUCCUAUAAAGCUCAAAACUAAUCGGAAAUGUGAUGAAGGAGAGGAUUGUCCAUAUCAGAUAAAUCUGCCUCCGAUGACCAUCCAGCUACCCAAAGAAUUCAGACUGCUUGAGAAGACUCUCAAAGAAGUACAGACCCUUAAAGAAGCAGUAAACAAGCUGAAGAAAUGCUGCCAAGAUUGCAAGCUGCAGGCAGAUGACAACCAAGAAAGAGACAGCAGUAAUGAAUUCCUGCUACCUAAUGCAGAAACUCCAGCAGAAAACAGCAAAAUCCAAGAUAACAGAGUAAGGGAAUUACAAAGCAAAGUUAAUAAGAUGGCAACCAGUUUAAAAAAUGCAAAGAACCAGAUUCAGACACUGCAGGGUCGUCUAGAGAAGAUGAGUCUCGUCAAUAUGAACAAUGUAGAACAUUAUGUUGACAGCAAAGUUGCUAAUUUGACAUUUGUUGUGAACAGCCUUGAUAACAAAUGUUCUUCUAAAUGUCCAGCAAUGCAACCAAGACCUGUUAUACAAAUAAUGCAGAGAGACUGUGCUGACCAUUACACAGCAGGCAGAAAGAGUAACGGAAUCUACAGGAUUAGCCCUGACCCCAGAAAUGACAGCUUUGAAGUUUACUGUGACAUGCAAACACACGGAGGCGGCUGGACAGUGCUGCAACGGCGUCAGGAUGGUAGCACUAACUUUAACAGAACCUGGAACGACUACAAAAAUGGCUUUGGAAACCUUAGCAGGGAGUUCUGGCUGGGGAAUGACAAAAUUCACCUCCUGACAAAGAGCCAGGAAAUGCAACUGAGAAUUGAACUUGAAGAUUUCAAUGGCAUCAGAGAGUAUGCGAAAUACGAACACUUCUAUGUGGCCAACGAAUACCUGAAGUACCGACUAAGUGUCCACGGCUACAGCGGCACAGCAGGAGAUGCCCUUCACUACAGCAAGCAUUACAACCACGAUCAGAAGUUCUUCACAACUCCAGACAAGGACAACGACAGGUAUCCUUCAGGAAACUGCGGGGCAUACUACAGCUCUGGCUGGUGGUUUGAUGCAUGCUUGUCUGCCAACCUCAACGGCAAGUACUACCACAAGAAAUACAAAGGUGUUCGCAACGGCAUUUUCUGGGGUACAUGGCAUGGCAUUUCUGAUGAUAUUCCCAGUGGAUAUAGGCAAGCCUUUAAAUCAGUAAAAAUCAUGAUCAGACCAAAAAGUUUUCUGCAGUAAUUCUACAGCUUUCUCUUAACUAGUUUGCAUUGGAUUGCACUCAAAAUCAUACUUACUCAGUAUUAUACUCAAGUAUUCAGUUAUGUUUGGCACAAAACAGUUCUAGACAAAACAGCAUACUUGCACAUAAAUGUUUAAAGAUGGUUUGACCCAUAUAAUGUAUUAAAAACAGCAUGAAUGUUUCUGAAUACUUAUUGCUAAAACUCAGCACUGGUUAAGUCUUGGUAUCAUUAUGUAAAUAUUCUAAACAUUGCUUUUGGUGCUUUUACUGACUGUAAUAUACC